GUGGUCCACAGCAGCCAGCAUGAGACUAGGUACUUGGGCUCUUUUGAAUAUAACCACGUCGCGGCCCAGCAUGGCAAAAGCAUCCAGCUACACUGUGUCUUUGGUUACAAACACUUGCUUCUUUUCGGUAGCAUUUCGCCUGUCAUGGAACCAUCAUCAACCAAUACCUCCGAUCAUACACGCGUUGACGAACACGAGCUCGAACAAUACCCACCUUCACAGUCAUCGCAGUCGUUGCAGCCAACCCACGUGACCCCUGGAAGGGCACGAGUGAGAAUCAAUAGCGUCGCUGCUGAAAUUCCACCCCCUAUUGAGGAGCAACCUCGCUUGAGUCACCUGAGCGAGGCCGAAUCGCUUGAAACUUCGAAAAGCGAUGAUGGCACUGCUGCUGCUGCGGAACAGUUGUUGAUGGCGCACAGUACUGUUGGUCCUCACGAAUACCUUGCUGGAGAUGGCGCGGUCGACGAUGACGAGGAUUACGCCGUAACGGGGAACACACAGGGCGGUAUCUUCUACCAGCUUCUCCAGGCCUAUAAAAAUCCACUUCCAGCAUAUGGCGAUAUUGUCACACCCUCAGAGCCCAGCAGCAGCUCUCCGCCCACAGCCCAGCAACCCGGCUCGGCAUCCGGCGCAGCCACACCGUCGCGCAAGAAAUGGUACAAGCAAGAGAAAGCGGCACAGUCCCAAGAAACUUUGGCAACACUGGUUGGAGCAUCAGCCAAGUUGGCCAACCCCAACAACAAGAAGGAGCUUCCUACGCGCCCAAGUCACAAGCGUACCACUAGUGGUGGCAUACUUGCCAAAGUCAUGAAAGCCAAAGAGGACCAAGACGUGCGCAUAAAGAUCCACGUCGCCAACAUUCUCAAGCGCCAACAAUACAUCAUCCGCAUGUGUCGUGCCUUGAUGCUUUUCGGUGCCCCCACUCAUCGGCUAGAAGAGUACCUUGCCACUACAGCGAAAGUGCUUGAGAUAAACAGCCAGUUUCUAUACAUCCCGGGAUGUAUGUUGAUCAGUUUUGACGACGCGUUGACUCACACUGCCGAAGUCAAGAUCGUUCGAACAGCGCAAGGUGUUAACCUCGGAAAGCUCAAGGACACGCAUGAGAUUUACAAAGAGGUGCUCCAUGAUGUCAUCGACCUAGACGAGGCGAUGCAAAGGCUGAAUGACGUGAUCAACGCCAAAGACCGUCACAACGUUUGGCUGUGCGUCCUCAUGUAUGGUCUAGCAUCUGCAGCAGUCAGCGUGUUCUUUUCAGCACGUCUUAUUGACAUGCCUGUCAUUCUUGUGCUCGGUUGUCUACUGGGCACUUUACAGCUGGUUGUAUCACCGCUGUCAAAGACGUAUAGUACCGUCUUCGAGAUCUCAGCGACCAUUUUAAUGAGCUUCUUAGCGCGCGCCUUUGGGAGCAUCAACGGUGGAAGCUUAUUCUGCUUCUCCGCGAUCGCGCAAAGCGCCAUAGCCAUGAUCCUUCCUGGGUGGCUUGUGCUCAGUUCUGCGCUGGAGCUGCAGUCUCGUGCCAUUGUGCCAGGGUCAAUUCGCCUCGUCUUUGCCAUCAUCUACUCGCUGUUUCUAGGAUACGGCAUCACCGUGGGCACAGCUAUCUACGGCGCGAUUGACCCGAAUGCGACCAAUGCACAGACCUGCUCGAACCCUUUGAACAAGUACUGGAACUUUCUUUUCGUUCCACUGUACGUGUUUUUUGUCACUUUCACGGUACAAGCGAAGUACAAACAGAUGCCCGCCAUGAUCUUGAUCGCCACGGCAGGAUACACGGUCAAUUUCUUUGCCAACAUGAAGUUCACUUCUUCUGCACCCAUCGCCUAUACCUUUGGAGCUUUCACCGUGGGUGUCCUGGCCAAUCUGUACAGUCGAGUGAGACACGGCGUUGCUGCUGCCGUGCUUUUGCCUGCAGUGUACGUGCAAGUCCCUGGUAGUCUUGCUUCCAGUGGAGCCAUCGACUCUGCUCUUCGAACAGCGUCUGCAUUGAUCAGAGGCUCGACAGCCGCUGAUACAACUACCGACGGCCUCAACUCCAUUGUCUUCAACGUCGCUGCAUCUAUGAUUCAAAUCGCCAUCGGAAUUACAGUCGGUCUGUUUAUGGCAGCGCUUCUUGUCUACCCGAUGGGCAAGAAGCGCAGUGGUCUUUGGACCCUGUAGAGUAUACCCUUUUCUUGCAUAGCGAUACUGCGUUUUAGGCUCAA